CAACCGUUGCAGUAGUUUUUGAUCACAUGAUGUUUUCUAACACUGAAAUUGAGCGUCGAGCGUUAGUGUGAAAAGACAUCUUAAGGAUAUACACAGUUGCAUUUGAGCAAUGACGUUCGAUGUCGAUAUUGUGAUUUGAUUUACGAGAAUUUCGCAGAAAAAUCAACACUUUACUGAAAAUUAUAUUUUGUGACAAUCCUUGCAAAUUAAAGAGCUGCAUCACUCGAUCAAGCGAAGGGAAAACGAUCGACAAGUCGUUGAUUUUCUACCUCGAUCAAACGAGACGACGAUAGGCACUGUUGAUAUUGCUGUUGCGCACUACGCUAACAGCUGACCUCGAGCUGGCUGUGUGACAUACUGCGAGGAUGGCAGACGCCGCUGUUAAUCUCAUAAUAAAAGCGCCGAAUCAGCAGAUCAAAGAUCAGGUAGUCAGAUGCGAUCUCAACUGGACCAUCGGUCACUUGAAGGAGUACCUGUCUGAGGUUUAUCCUAGCAAGCCAGAAAGUUCACAUCAGAAAUUAAUUUAUUCUGGUCAGUUAUUGAACGAUUCAGCCAGAUUGAAGGACAUUUUGAGACAAUGUGAUGAUUUAGAAGAUCAAUUUUAUACUAUACAUCUGGUUUAUACUCCGCAAAAAACAUGUGCUGUUAAAAUUACACCAGAUCAAAAUUGUACAAUCAACAGAGAUGCAGAUACAAUAUCUGCAAUAAGAAAUUCUCACACUAGAAGCAAUAGUGUCCAGAAUCAAAGUCAAGAAAAUAUUAAUGUUACUGCGUCUCAGUCUCAACAGAUGUAUUUACCUGAGCAAUACUUUGAUCCUCGAAAUAGUCAACAGUUAGCCUGGAUCCAACAAGCAUACACGCAUUAUUUCACACAGUAUAUGCAACUCAUGGCAGCGCAAGGCAUACAGUUGCAAGCUAGUAUUCCGUACUUGCAGCAGAUGAAUAUUGAUACAAGCGACGUAGCGCAAAAUACGCACGUAAGCAACAAUAAUAAUAUUGUUGGCGACGAACAAGCCCAACCGCCGGCACAAGAUGCAGCAGAUGUGAACGCAGGAAAUAAUGGUGCAGGCGAAGAUGUCGCGUUUAAUCGCGAUUGGUUGGACUUUUUCUACAUGUUAUCUAGGAUUAUUGUUCUAUUUGGCAUAGUAUAUUUCUACUCAUCUCCACUUAGGUUCCUCAUCGUUACAUUCUUGGGAUUUGCGAUAUAUCUAUAUCAGGGCGGUUUCUUCAGGGUACAACCAAUUUUACUGGCUGAGAACAAUAAUGGUCGUGUGGACAACAAUAAUCAGGUAUUGCAAAACGAAGCGGUGGGCCCACAGAUAGUGCCGCAACAACAAAAUGCUCAAGUGCCAACUGUGCAACCAGAAGCACGGACGAAUCCGAAUGAGGAGAAUGAGGAACAACGGCCAGGCGCUCUCGCUUUCACUUGGACCUUUUUCAGUUCGUUUUUUGCCUCGCUUAUUCCAGAUCAACCCAAUGUCAUUUAAUCCCAUCUAAAUGUUCCAUAAAAUCAAUUUUUUUUUUGUUCUUGCGGAAAUUAUUGAUGGAAAUUAUAGAAACGUGACAUAAAGAUUGGAGACGAUGGCGCAUGGUAUAUCAAGUUUUGGAAAUAAACAGUCCUUAGAAUAAGAAGUGCUUAAACUGGUGAUGAGAAUUUAAUAUACAUAUUCUUAUAAAAGUCUGAUCAGUUUUAUGAUAUCCGAGGACUUUUGUAUUUAUACUUCUCACACUCACACACACACACGCACACACACACACGCGCGCGCGCGCGCACACACACACACACACACACACACGAAAUAUAAAUGUUUAUACAUAUGUUAACAAUCAAUAUACGCUUAAAAUAGGUGGCAAUUUGUAAAAUUAAUUUUAAAUGCAUGUGUAAAGAUUACACAUCAAACACAAACGCAGGAUGUUUGUUAAUGCUUGUGCCAACGUUAUGCAGGUAAUGCGCGGUAAACUGAACAGAAAAGUCUUAUCGUUUUGCAAUUUACGCAAUAAUAAUUAAGAUAUUAAUUAAAAAGAAUAGACGCACGAAACACGCAAUUAUUCGUUAAUUCUUUUUAAUUAAUAUCUCUGUUAUUGCGAAAAUUGCAAAACAGUAAAGGACUUUUUUGUUGAAUUUACCGCGUUCUACCCACACGCAAGCGUUUACAUGAACAUUAACAAACACGCGCGCGCAUGUGUGUGUAUGUGUGUGUCGAUUUAAUUCAAUUAAGGACACAGAUGAAGUAAUAGUCAGGUUAUAUCUUUAGAUUAAUGCUAACUUUUCUUCGCAAGAAGAUUGUUAGAAUCGCAAUCCCAAAGUUAUUAGAGUUAAAUGUAUAAAAUAAAUUUUCUUAUGUUUGUAGUAAUAUAAAGAUACAACGAGAUAAAUGUAUACCAUGUACAUACUUAUAUAAAUGUAAGGAACGUAUGAUUCUUGUGUAGAGCUUGUAUUAUACAAAAUAUAAAGCGAUAUGUAAAAAGAUAA